AUGGCGUUAUUUGGAAAUGCCCUGGUUUGUGUGGUGAUCCUUCGAAGUCGUACGAUGUUAAAAAAUUCGUACAACUUGAUGAUUCUUGCAUUAGCUUUUUCUGACAUGUUCACAGGUAUGUAACGAUAACUUACAUGCCACCUUAAACUUGCUGGUUGACAUAACAAAAUUAAUGGUUUGAUAACUUUCAUCUGUCAAACUGAGCUUUGAGAUGUAUUAUAAAAAAACCUAUCAUACGCCUCAGAUUUCAAACACUUCCUUUCAAAGUUUUCAAAUCCUGACGAAGCACUCGUUUCUCGUAUUUGGCACAAGUGCAUUACGUACCUAUUAGCAGCAUAGAUGAAACCUUUCAAUAAUUAAAUCAUUUUGAUUUAAUUAUUAUUUAAGUUAAGUUUAAGAGCCCUAUAGGUUGUUGA